UCUAACCUUACUUCUUACGAGGACGAACAAACAAAUACGUCGUAGAGUUUAAUGGGAGCGAACGUAAAUUAUCCUGUCUUAGGAUCCUCUGUUCGAAAGAAUAUGUCCUCGCCAAGUGAUACUCCAGGUCAGCGAGCAUUGGAAGUGGCUAAAAGCAAAGAUGUGGCGAUCUUCAAGAAGCCAAUAGGCGUUCCUCGUACGUCCAGUAAGUUUCGGCCAAAAAUCCUGAGCGAGGACGCAUAUAUCGAGAAAAUGGGAGAAAUCAUUCAGAAGGACUUCUUCCCUUACUUGGAGAAACUUAAGGCACAAAAUGAGUUCCUGGAUGCUUUAGAGCAGAAUGAUGUUAAGCGAAUGCGUCAGCUUUAUGAGAAGUAUAGCUCGGGUCGGCCAGUAACGGAGAGACCGGUCAGUCCUGCAACGUUUGAAACUCCUCUGCGUGAUGAUAAAACGAUGAACGAUGAGGAUAAAACUAUCGAAAGAGAAGCACAGGCACGUGUCAAGGCACCGAGUAAACGCGAGGAGCAGGCAAAGAAUAGAAUUGGACUAGAUGCUUAUUUGUAUAACCAUACCAGCGAAGAUAAUGCCAGUUUCGAAGAAAUGAUGGAAGAGGCACAGAAGCGACACAGAUUGAAGUAUGCAUGGCUUUAUGAAAAUGAGGAAAAGUCUAAAGCUCUUAUGAUGAAAAAAGAAAAUGACAUGCUAUUGCCAAUAGAAGGAAAAGGAACCAGGCCUAGUCAGUUGGAUAGCUGGAGUUAUACAAAUAAAAAUUAUAUCAUGUACAUACCGGACGGAAUCGAGCUGACGCCGGAAGAGAAAAUACAACAAGCAAAAAGUAAACAGGAAAUCGUUUACGACAAUACAAGGUUGAGAAAAAAUCCUUUCAACGAGCAACAGAAUAAGGAAACUAUUGAUGAGCUAGCAAAGACUCAGUCGAAAGCUAACGAUGGGAAAAUUGGAGUUGACGGUAAAGAGGUAGUCAAGAGCAACACCCCGCAAGUGAAUGGAUUCAGUUUUGUAGCGACGCCUAGUCCAAGACCUGGAGAAUGCGAAAGCCCUCUGAUGACAUGGGGAGAAAUCGAGGGCACUCCGUUUAGAUUGGAUGGUGGAGAUACUCCAUUGCUCAGAACGAGCCAGGGACCCUCGUUUAAAAUGGCAGAGCCACCAAAACGAGAGCAGCUUGCUUUACAAUUGGCUGAAAAGGCCGGAGAGAGGCAUAGAGACAGAAAAAAUAAAGCGUUGGAAGCUGCACGAAGAUCUCUAGCGACACCGUCUCCACAGUCGCUGUCAGCUAUCGAUCGUCUGAGCACCAUGUCACCAGCAGCGAGGAGACUGGCAACCCAGAGACUAAAAAUAUCCACCACCCCAUCUCCCAGGAAAAUUCUAUCGAGAACUCCGUACAUCGGUAUCAAGACUCCGAGUACCCCCCGAACAAGAACACCAGGUUUUGGUGGAAAAUCUCAGACCGUUAAAUCUUUGAGUGGCAGCGGUCUACAGAACCAAGGUCCCGUCCUGACGGACAACCUGUUGAACCUUCCCCUGCAGAGGCAAAGGGCUUCGGACUUCUUCGACAAGUGAAACAAGUGGACAGUGGUUAAUUCGAUAAGCCUUACAUCGCAGCCUGUACAUAUAGUUCCAUUCCACCAUUCUAUUCUCCUCGCUCCAACCUAUGCAUUAGACCGAAGCUAGCAUCAAAGGACCUCGAAGAGUGGGAAUAAAGCCGACGCAGUGAUAAGUA